CAAACACCGUUAUUCCCCUUUUCACAUAUUAGCUUAUGCAGAGAUAUAUAAUAGUAUUUUUACAAAAAAAGAAGAAGAUAUAUAAUAGUAUAGAUUAAAUGAUACAUUUAUAUUUUUAAACAUAGGUACGAUCUUGCUGUGUUUUCUUUCCUAUAGAAGAUAUCUUAUUUCGUAUUAAAACGUCUAUAUUAGAACAUGUGCAUUGAAGGUAUAAGAAAGGGUUCAAGAGAAAACUUUCACAUUUCCCAAAAAAGAAAAUUAUAAUAAUUGCCCAUGAUGAACUCGACUCACCUGAGCUCUUCCUGAUGAACUCGUAUCACUAUUGUUUCACAGGUUCUAUGCCACGUGACGGCCCACGAUUAAUCUGAUAUUUUUUAUUUUUUAUUUAAAAAAACAAACAAAAAAAAAUUAUUUUUUGAAAAUUUUUGUGAACCUCUUCCCCCAUAAGUUCAUUGAUGGGAGUGCUCUUAGAUGUUUAUCAGGUUAUCCCUCUCAAUCGAUUAAGAAAAAAUUAUACAUAAGCCAAGCUAAAAUAUUUAAAGGUGUAUAUUUACGAGUGAGUAGAUGAUUUGCCCCUUAGAUGAAGCCCAUGGAUAGACCUUGGAGAUUAGUCCGAGCUAUACUGAUUUAAAAGAAAAGGAAAAAAAAUAUUAGAUGAAUAUUCAUACCAAGAGAUUCACUCGCGAAUAUUAUUUGCUGAGAUCAUCACCCAUUGCCGUCUUCUCAUAGCUAUGCGUAUCUUUAAAGAGAAUGACCACUUCUGGACCAGAACCUCUACUACAUAGGAAUGAAAGCCACAUCAGCAACGUACAGUUCUGCCUUUGUUAAUGCACUUCCCGCCGCCACCUUCAUAAUGGCCGUCAUUUUCAGGUUAGAAACUGUGAAUUUGAAGAAGAUACGUAGUCUUGCAAAGGUGAUUGGAACAGCAAUAACCGUGGGUGGGGCGAUGGUAAUGACGUUAUACAAAGGUCCAGCCAUCGAACUCAUCAAGGCCGCUCAUACCUCUAUUCACGGCGGUUCCUCCUCCGAAACCACCGACCAGCACUGGAUUACGGGAACCUUGGCUCUAAUGGGUAGUAUCAUCAGUUGGGCAGGUUUCUUCAUUUUACAAUCAUUCACUUUGAAAAAAUAUCCGGCGGAGCUAUCACUAGUGAUGUGGAUAUGCGGCAUGGGGACGAUAUUAAACACCGCUGCUUCCCUGGUAAUGGUACGUGACAUGAGAGCAUGGAAAAUUGGCAUGGAUUCGGGCACGCUCGCAGCUGUUUACUCGGGAGUGGUUUGUUCGGGCAUGGCGUAUUACAUACAAAGCAUUGUGAUUAGAGAACGAGGCCCAGUAUUUACGACGUCAUUUAGUCCCAUGUGUAUGAUCAUCACUGCAUUCCUUGGCACUUUAGUUUUGGCCGAAAAGAUCCAUCUAGGAAGUAUAAUUGGGGCAGUUUUCAUCGUCUUUGGGCUAUAUAGCGUCGUUUGGGGAAAAGCUAAGGACGAAGUGAUUUCAACGGAGGAGAAAAUAGGAAUGCAGGAGCUGCCGAUCACUAACAUUAUAUCAACGGAUGGUGGUGGUAUAUCUUGUGCUCCUAACAAAAGUGUGGCUAAUAGUACUUGAUUGCAGCCCCCAUGAAGCAAUCAAAGAAACAAAAAACAGUCAAUUGCUCUCAAUUUUUGAACACCAAAUUUCCAUGAAGGAAAUUUCUUUAUCUUUCUUUCGUUCUUGUUUUAUUUUUAUGUUAUUUACGUUUCCAAGUUUGUUGGUGUUUAUUUUUAAAUUAUAUGGUGAUAAUAACUUAUGUGUUUCUAGAAUAUCAAAGUUAAUGAAAAAAUAAAACUUGGUCAGUUUACUAAAUACAACAAACGUGGUUUAGUUUUGAA